AUGCUGGGAGAUAAGGAGUUCUGGCGAUAUCCUGUGAAAUCUCUAAUUCCUUCUCCAAGCAGUGACAAAGUGAAAUUUAGUUCGGAACACUCCAGUCAUUCUCUGAAUGAUGGAUUCCGAGUUACGUCAACAGUAACCUAUACAGAUCGUUUGUACAAAAAAAUGCCACGAAAUCUGCGAUUUUCGGAACGAAUGUCUCAUUAUGAGAAAGCAAAUUUCUUGAAGACGUUCAACAACGAAGACGAAUAUUCCACGAUCAUACCGCACUUAGAAAAUAUGAAGCCGCCGCUUUCUCGCGCAUCCAGCGUUUUUGUCGUUUACACAGACCGAAACUUGCUGGCAUCACAAACUGAGGUAACAGCAACAACGGCUUCACCAAAAAGUGAAGACCAACAUAAUGAGGGAGAAACGACGUCAAAUGGGGGGCGGCAGACACCCCAGCCACACAGUUCCGAAGGAACGUUAGUAGCGAGGUUUAGUGCCAACGGCGGUGCUUCGGAAUCGCCCUCUCAAUCUAUACAGCAUAUGGAAAAAGUGCGAGUUAAUCAAAUGCCUGACAGUACAAACACGGGAAGCGCUUUGAAUGACACAGUUGGCGCAGCACCAACUUUUUCUGGAUCGCGGUCGCUUCAGUCCGUUUUUACGGAAACGCAAAGCGACAAUAAGAAAAGAAGAGGUGAUCAUAAAUCAAUACGACGUUCCGCUACUUGGGCCUUGAGAGGCGGAAAAUCUCGGAAAACUCACCAGGUGACGAAUAUAUUCGAGCAGUGCGAGCGCGAAAGCAUUUCAGGUGAUGGAUCAAAGCUGCACCAUGCCGACUGCUUGAUGCGUGUCAACUUUUUCGCGGAGCGCAUGACGGAACAUAUUGCCGAACUUGCUGCUAUUGAUCUGGCAAAUCGCUUUAAAGCAGAACUGAACCCAAGAGCUAUAUACUUCUCGCAGAUGUGCAACGAUGUCGAUGUGCAGUCUGAAUGGACCGCCGCCACAUCAUCUGAAAGCGGAGAUGAGGAAGCGGUGGAAAGAAAAAUCAUACCCAGGUAG